CUUUGAAGCGCCCUUUCCCCUUGAUUAGAUUGCACAAUGCUCAGUCUUAUAGAAAUAGGUAUGAAUCAAGUAUCGGUUGAUGGAGGUAUAAACAGAACUCAAGUCACGGACUCAUGGAUGAAACAGGACUUGUAAACGCGAUACUAAUCUAAAUUGAGCUUGGCACACGAUGAAUGCACUCGUACUGUACCGUGGCCUUGGUACUGUAUGUACUUCCAACGGUAAAACUGUUGCGGCGUAGGCGUAGUGAGUUGGGAGCUAGAACCUGUAGCGUUGAACUGAUAAUGGAAUGGUCACAACGGCUUUCCGUAUCGCCCUCUCGGCAUUCUGGGGCAAGCAAAUCCUUAAAAGCUCGUAGAAGCGUCGUAUCAACUGGACGAUGUUUCCGAAUUGGGGUGCAGUACAUGUCUCGCCAGCGUGACACGUUUGAAGAUAUACGAGUACCGAAUCGGUCUUUCAGGCUGUUGUUCUUGUUCUUGGGUUCUUCGGCCGCAGGUCCCGGUACGGGGCUGUUUGAAGUCGAGACUUGAUUAGUCCCAAAUGGGAUUAGCGGACGGACCCA